GAGUUUUGCCGAACUAGCACGUUUCAAACUCUCUUUUAUAUAAACUGUUGUGUUCUGUCCCACUCUCUCACAUGUUCUUCACUCUCUCUACUCCUUUUCCCAUUCUACUUUUCUCUGUUCACCCCUCACGCUAUUACACAAUAUAUCAUCUUAUUUUUCAUUUCAUCUUUCACCAUUUUUCUCGGUUAUACGGUUCGGUCUUGUUCCCAUCCAUCAUUCUUCUCAUUAAUUCCAAGCGUGUGUCAGUCUAUCUGUAAGGAAAAAAACUAGCGUACACGUCAGCUCCAUAUUUAUAUCCUCAUAAAAAUUCAGACUAGUUUCUUCUUUCCAUCGUCAUCAUCCUCAUCAAUAUACGUAACUUUCAUACUUCAAACGUCAUCAGAACACACUACAAAACUCAACCAAACACACUUCACCUCACCAGUAAAGAGAUGGGGAAUUGUCAAGCUGCUGAAUUGGCCACUGUUGUGAUUCAUCUUCCAGGGAACAAGAUCGAGAGAAUUUACUGGUCUGUUAGUGCUCAUGAGGUUAUGAACUCCAAUCCUGGUCACUAUGUUGCUCUUGUUGUCUCAUCUCCUACUCUUAAAUCUGAGAAUGCUACACCGUCCAAACAUCUCAAGCUUCUUCGACCUGAUGACACUUUACUCAUUGGUCAGGUUUACCGCUUGAUCAGCUUCGAAGAUGUAUUGAAGGAGUUUACUUCAAAGAAAUGCGGUAAACUCGGGAAAUUGCUUAAGGAGAGUGGUAAUCAUGGGGUUCAGAUGAAGCACAAAGAUUCCAGAGGUCCGAAUCCUAGUCCCAGUUCCAAAUCUGAGUAUGGUCACGUUAAGGUCGAACAGGAAACCCAAGGAAUGGAUAACAGUGGAAGCAGCAGACGCAAUAACAAAGUUGUUGGAAGGCAUUUGGUUGGUGGUAGUGGGCAAUGGAGGCCAGCCUUACAGAGCAUUGCAGAAUUUGGAACUUAAACUCCCUUUGUUUUGAUUCAGUUUCUUUCAAUACACUUCAUGUAAUUGCUUGUAGUAGUCCCUUUCUUAUACAUAGUUACUAUUAGCCAACUGUUAAUCCAUUAUAUCAUGCUGUUUUGUUUGUUAAAAAAACUUAUUGAAUCAUUUUCCAUAUGUCGUCUGGUUUGGAAGUGUAUGGCAUUGCCUUGAAAAUUUGUUCCUUCUACUCACAUUCAUUGAGGAACAAACUUGGAUAAUAUGUUGGUAUUGUGGUCCUUUUUUUUUGAA